UAAGUUGACUCUACUGGUGUCUGCUGUGCAUACUAGCUUAAAGAAAUCGAUGAUGUUUUACCGAUCAAUAGAAUAAAGAUUACAUGUCUUCAUUAGCAUUAAUUCAAUAUUCCAUAUUUAGCUUACUGGUUAUAUUAAACGUUUGAGUUCAACGCUGCUGAUUAAUUUACAUCGCGAACCUUUGUUUUGAACCUCUUAUUUUGUUUGUCACGUUACUUCACCCCACCACAGUGACUUUAUCUGUUAAUGUAUUAAGGGGUACUUUAAAUUAAGUGUAACUAGCCACCCAAUGUGUACAUAAUCGAAAAAUUAUUCAUUUUGUAGCAACCGCUAAGUAUUUUUUAUGUGUAAUCAAACUCCAAAAAGCAUUCGUUCUGUUCAUAGGUUCUGUUGUAGGUUUCCUGCAGGCAUUACACUUUAGCUUUUACAACACUAGGGGGCCCUCUUGCGGACAAGAGAUUGGAAACAAAAACUUAGGGGAGGGUAUUCACUGUCCAGCAUUUUGUACAGUGCGCAGGGAGUGCACCGGGCACCGAGGCGACAUUUCUCAAAAAAUACAAAUUUGAAUGACUUCGACCUGCCACUGGAAGGUGUAGAUGGACGAGUUGCAUGUUUAACUCUGUUUGGGUCUUUCGUUUACACGGUGUUUAAUAAAAACCGGCCACAUUAAUUGAUACUUGGUGUGAAAAACGAGGUUGGCUAGUUAGCUAACUUGUGCGGUGCUGCCAGAAGAAUGAUGGUUGGCCAAACAAGUCAUCAUGCUGUGGCGGCGGGGUCUACACAUGGACCGAGAGCUAACGUUACACAAAUAAGGGGCCGUUAAAUGUGCGAGAUAAACACUUAGCUGGUGGUCGUACGGAUCAAGAGAGGUAAGGUGCCCUGUUCAGAAGUUUAAAGUAGCAGCGGUUAGGCAGGAGAACAUGAAAGUGGCAAACGGUGGCCCUAAGGCCAAAGGGAGGAGUUCUGUGGAAAUGAAGAAGGCCAAGAAGAAGAGGAGGCAGUUCCACACCCAGAAAUCCAGCAUGGUGAACUCAGACUCCCCAAGCACCAGCCCAGACACUGCCAUGGCCAAAAAGUACUACCAAUUGUCCAGCAGGGGGCAGCACAGCGUAAAGAGACUGAAGAGUGGUGCUCGGCCGGUCAACUCUGGGCAGAGCCAGGGGCAGGGACCUCCUCCGAAGACCAAAGGGAAGGCUAAGCCUGGCUCAUCGGACCCUCACGCCCACACCAACGGGGGCGCUGGGCCGCACCUUCUGACGGAGUCCAGCUCGGAGGACUCGGAGUACUGGACCGCCUUCGCCCUGUCAGUCCUGCAGAAUGGUGUGGAAGGGGAACGCCCAGUGGGGGCGGACCCCGACGGAAAAGGGGAGGAGCCAUACCACGCCGAGCGAGACCCCAUCCACAACUGGACCGUACUGCUCAUGCGGCAGGGACAGCGGUUGCAUUUCCGGGGGAAGGCCCUGCUCACCUGCCUGUACGGGAGAGUGGAGGUGCUGGGGUUCACCAUCGAAGAGGGCCAGCAGCCGUACCCCGUCUUUUCCCCACCCACGCACUUCCCCCUGUCCAUCACCGCCAUGGGAAACUCCUCCCUCAUCUGCAAGACCAUUAAAGAGCGCCGCCUGGAGGCCAAAAGCAUCAUCCGCAAAUACCUGUCCAUAGCGGAUCCGCGGAAGAGGCUCCUGGGUGCGGUGGAUCCGGACUGCUGCCUGGUUCUGCUGGAGCCGCUGGACACCCCUCUGACCCGCUUCCUCUCCAGCCUGCCGGAACACCGGGACCUGUUCAGCCUCAGCGCGAGGGAGCUGGACCAAUCGUCGGUCCCGGAAUGCCCCCUGUCAGCAGUGGGCCUCAUCCCCCUGCGCAGCAGCGGCGGCGAGAGCCUUGUGAUGUCACAGAGCUACCGGAACGCCCUCUCCAGCCUGCUGCACGCCUGCCAAGAGGAGUCUGAUGGCUGUCCGGUCAUCCUGGUGUGCGGGGCCAAGAACACCGGGAAGUCCUCCUUCACCCGGCACCUCAUCAACACCCUGCUCAACCACACCGCCAGUGUGGACUACCUGGAGUGCGAUCUCGGCCAGACGGAGUUCACCCCUCCCGGCUGCCUGUCCUUGCUCACCGUCACCGAGCCGCUGCUGGGCGCCCCGUUCACCCACCAGUGCACCCCGGAGCACAUGGUGUUUUUCGGGGAGACGUCCUGCGAGAGGGACCUGGACCGCUACCUGGAGUCGCUCAAGUUCCUGUGGCGCUCCUACAGCCGCGAGACGCCCGUCAUCGUCAACACCAUGGGCUGGGUCAAAGGUUUUGGCUUCCAGCUGCUGGUGGACUUAAUUCGACUGUUCUCCGUCACCCACGUGGUGCAGCUGAGCUACGGCUCCACCACCCAGUGCCCAGACCUCACCCCCGCCUUCAUGAGCUCCGCCCCCGGCUGGCAGACCCGCCCCCCGGCUCCGCCCACGGAAGAGCAAGCCGCGCCCCAGCCCCACGUGCUGCUCAGCGUCCAGUCGGAAUUCGAGGGAGCGGGGACCGUGAGCAACAUGAGGUACCACCGCUCUAACAUUCUGCGCGACCUGGCCCUGCUGGCCUACUUCAGCCAGCUGCAGGCCCCCGAGUCGGGCCCCGUGAGGCCCCUGCACUGCUUCAUCCCGUACCAGGUCCCCAUGUCGGCCGUGGCGGUGCGGGUGACUCACUCUGAGGUGGCCCCCCUGCACACGCUCUACGCUGCUAACGGCAGCCUGGUGGGGCUCUGCUGCCUGGGGGAGAAGGUGGGGGGCUCCGGGGGGCCCGUCCUGCUCUCGCACACCCCCAUCUGCCCCUGCGUGGGCUUCGGUGUACUGCGGGGCGCGGACACGGCGCGGGGGCUCUACUUCCUGGUGACCCCCGUGGCCCCCUCCGUCCUGCGGCGAGUCAACUGCCUGCUGAUGGGCGGAGUCACGCUGCCCCACACCCUCCUGAGAGCGCAGCGGGGGAUUGAAGGGGAGAAGCCCUACGUAACCAUGGAGUACAGCUUCGAGCUGACGGGGGCGGGGAAGAUGAAGGUCUUCAAAGGGCUCCUGAGGAGAGAGCACAUGGGUGGGAGUGGCCACUAGAGGCCCCGCCCCCACGUCUCUGUGUCUCUGACCACCAGUGUCCAUACCCCUCUAUCCUCCAAUGAGGAGCCUCUGCCUGACCGACAGAAUCAAACGGAACACUGGUGAACGGGGAGGUGAAGAGUUCACAGCAUGGGAGGACCUUUUCCUUUGUAUUGUUAUUGCUUUUUUUCCACGUACGCUCAAAGGUGACUGUGGUAUACACAGCGCGGAACGCUUGCCCCAGGCUGUUGGGCCCAUCAGCCCCCUGACGAAGCCUCCAGGUCACAUCUGUCAGAAAACAUGGCAGCCGUCAGCGAGCUCUCUUUUCCACCACAGCAGGGCUGUCGGGCUCCAGUCCUGGAGGGGCACAGUACCCCUUUAACUCCAAUGCUGAAGGGACACAGUACCCCUUUAACUCCAAUGCUGAAGGGACACAGUACCCCUGCAGGUUUAACUCCAGUUCUGUAGGGCCACAGCAGGUUUAACUAGAUCCUGGAGGAUUCCGAUUUUUCAUGCGUCUCAAGUCCCUGAUUGGCAAAAUAAGUCUCUCACCUCCAAGACCUAAAUUGGCUGCUGAAAGUAAACGACAAAAACCUGCAGAUGCUGUGGCCCGCUAGACUGAAGUUAAACUUACAGACAGUUUUACCCCCCAGGACUGGAGUUAAACCUGCAGGCACUGCGGCCCUCCAGGACUGGAGUUAAACCUGCUAUGGCCCUAUAGGACUGGAGUUUGGCACUAGGACAUUUAAAAAGAUUUGUGCCAUUCACAUAUGUUCAGAAAAGCUUCAUUUCAAGUCCCUGGAUUUCUGCAAUGGAAUUGCUUCAUCUAAUUUCACAUGCAAGUUGGCGAUUUGUUUUCGUUUUUGGCGGAAAGGGGGCACGAUGACAUUGAAACCUGCCAGAAACUAUUAGAUCUAUGAUCUAGAACUCUGCAGUCAAAGGAACGUCCCAUUUUUUCAGUCACUUGGGCAAAACUGGAUUUUGUCCAAACAAAAAAAAAGAAGAAAAAAACUAUCAUUUUUAUUGUGAGACAUGAUUAAGCUCUGGAAACACAUGUAACAUGUCUCUUUUCCAUUUAAGGCAACAUGUAUUUUAGCGAGUAAAAGCACAAUUACUGUACUGAAUAAUUCUGUAGUCAAUCUUUACACUGUAGAGCCUGUAUAUCUGCCUGUCGCUCACAGAACCCUCUUUGUUCUGGGCGGCCGCGUUAGAGUCUGUUUUAGUCUUACUGGUCGAGGUUUUAGUCUGGCCUUUGCAAACGGACGCUGUGUCCAGCAAUGGAGUUGCGCCAUUUUUUCUGCUAGGACAGUUUAAAUCAUCGCUGUACAGACAUGCCAGCUUGAGGCCGUUUCACUCUUUAGUCUGCGAGAGUGGUAACGGUCAUCUCCUCCAAGACUAUACUGCGCUUGAACCGGGCAGGCUGGUUGUGCUCUUACUGCGUUUCGUUCCCUACACCCUCUUGCAAGUGUGCACUUGGUGGGACACCUGCCCUUGCUCAGGGGAAGAGCGAGUGAGCGACUUUGGAGCAUUGUACUCUUCUCACACGCCUGUGGGAAUUCUGUAGAAAGACCCGGAAGAAAACUGGUGGUGGUGUUGACCUCAAUACCCACCCGUGCAACAGCGCCAUGAGCAACCGGAAACUGUCCAAAUGUUGAAAGUUGGGACCGUGAGGAGGCUGGAACUUGUGGUUCCUUUCCUGGGUGGACUUUUGGGAACGGGGGUGAGGGUCUAUCCAGUGUGGCCUCGUUCUGUUCUUUUGACUACCCUGAAAGGCCUCCUUUCUCUAUUGGUUAGUUUUGUGGAGUUUUCGGCAGUGCUUGUCAUAAAAUGCCUGUGAGAAUGGACUUCUUUGAAGGAGGGGGAGGAGCUGGAGAGUAGAGGCGACGUCCUGGGUCAUUGUGGGAGGGGCCAAUGCCAGUUAUUGUCGUACAGUUGACGCAACCCCUGACGCUCAACUGGUUACUAAUAAUUUUUUUUAUGUGCUAUCGAAAUACGGGAAGCGUGGAGGGAUACUGUUAUCAUAAUAAAAUAUUGCUCUUGUGUAAA